AUGCAAGAACUCGUCAUCUACGGCAAGCCUACCUAUGCUGGCUUUGUGAGAGAAGCUGAGAUUCCGAAGCCAGGACCAAAAGAUGUUCUCAUUAAAGUUGCUUACACCGGUCUGAAUCCAAAGGAUUGGAAGUCAACUGCCUUCAACGUCGGCGAUGAUGUGUCUGGCACGGUUGAAGCUGUGGGGUCUGAAGUGUUUGAAUACAAGCCGGGAGACCGUGUUGCGGGAUUUCACAGAAUGUUCCAGCCUCACGGCGCGGGGCUUCCCCUAUCUUUCAUGACGGCGGCUCUUGCACUGUAUCAGUAUCUAGGCGUUCCCCUCCCAACGACCAUCGGUGAGUCUGCUCGAAAGACCCCCAUCUUGAUUUGGGGCGGAGCAACUGCCGUGGGAGCUUAUGCCCUCCAGCUGGCCAAGCUAAGCAAGAUUGGACCCAUUAUCACCGUUGCUGGCAAUGGAAUCGACUACGUUAAGUCACUCAACGCAGCGGACCACAUCAUCGACUAUCGAAAAGGGGAUGUGACUCAACAGAUCCUUGCCGCUGCCGGGUCUGCUAAAAUCAAGAUUGCAUUCGACGCUGUGUCUGGACACGGCAGCUACGAGCGUAUCACCGAAGUCCUUCUCGCGUCGGGCGGCGGCCACAUCAACAUGGUGGACCCCCCUACUGACCAGACAUGGAAGUUUCCCGAGACCAUCAAGUUCACUCGCACAUUCGUGUCCUCUGCCUAUCACGUCUCCCACAGUUUCAUCAAUGAGGAGCAGGCACAUGCGGAUGGCGAAUUCGCCUACUUUUUCUACAGGUACCUGAGUCAUCUGCUGGCAGAAGGCAAAUUCAGGCCCCAUCCUGUGGAGAUUCUUCCAGACGGUUUGAACAGCAUUGUCGAGGGAGUUCAGGCUUUGUAUGAUGGAAAGGUUAGCGCCAAGAAGCUUGUGGCACGCGUUGGGAAAUAA